UACCGAGUCCAGUUGGGCGUGCACCCGAAAGCUGAAAUUCGAGGAACACAGGUAACCCGCGAAACUAGACCCAGUCUCCAUGCUAACUGGAUUUCGAUAACGAUAACACAUACAUCUCUUGGCACUGAAGGGUUGUGGCAGGAUAACCGAAGAGACUACGGAAACAAUGCCUCUAAAUAAGACGCUUCUUGUCUCAAAAGGGGAAAGAGCAACUGUUUGAAUGAUGCUACUAAAGUAAAGGCGGGGUCAUGUAUUCUGAGUGGGUUUCAUUGCGCCAUUCUUUACACUCCAAUAAAGGAAACAAAAGUGUUUUGAAUCAUUUCCCAACACUUGUCGGGCGUGAUGUUGCACACUCAGUUGUCCAGACACUUAUUCAUGAGCAAGGAAUGCCACAACAGAAAGUUCUCUCAACUCCAUCUGAGGUUGACUGGGCAAUGGAGGUUUUCUGUUAUGGUCUGACUCUACCCAUGACAGAGGCUGAUGGUGAGAUCAUUAAGGGCUGCGUCAAUGUGUACACCGAGUGGUUAUCAGUGCUGCUGAAGUCCAACCCAGGAAAAAGCAUCCCAGAUCCAUUAAUCCAUGAACCAGACAAAUACUCACAGAGAGUUUUCCAUCAUUUAAGAAAUCUGUUUAAAAUAAGAGUCGAUGAUGGCAGUAAUCUUGCAAUGCAGGCUUCAUUAUGUAUACGGGUACUUCAGUUUCUCAAGCAUUUGACGUCAGAAGGAGAACUAGAGCCUGACACGUGGGAGACAUUACUGUGUGUCUUGAUGUCAAUCAAUGAACAGCUGUUAUCCACACCCUACUCCCCAGGGGGGCUGUCACAGCAUUUGUGUGAUAUUUUGAUUAAUAGUUUACUUGAGAUUUGGCUUAAUGCAUGUGUGCAGUAUUUCCCAGCUCCAUCAAUGUGGAAAACAUUGCAAGAACUAUGCAUGGCCUGGCGGCACCACAACUCAAUGAUUGAGUACUGGAGUAGCACAUCCUUGUCACUUACAAGGAAAGUUAUCAAAUAUCUCUAUGGCUCAACUUUUUCCCUGCCACCUGUCGACAAGAAGAAGAAUGAUGUGCAAGUGCCUGUCAUUACAAACAAGGAUACUCUUCUACAAAGCUGGUUUAGGAUUUUGCACAUAAUUGGAAACCCUGUUGAUCUAUGUAAUAGGGAAUUAAUAAGCGAUACUCCAAAGUUUAAAGAAUUUGCGCUCGCCUCUGAAGAAGUUAUGAACCCUUCUGCGCACCCUUGCUUGGAUGGGCUACCUCAGAUAUUUCUGCAUGCAAUGAAGGGUGUAUCAGUAUUAGUCAAUAACUUCCUUGGUGUCACAAUAACACAGGAGCAACCUGUGAAGCACACGCCAAUCAGUGCGCCAAUCAAAUCCUCCAGCCCAUCUGUUGCUAAGAAGCGUGAGCAUAAGUCACUGAGUAUUGGCUUGGCUUUGGGCUUGGGGGAUUAUCGAGGGAUCGGCAUGAGGUCCCAGACAAUGCCUUCUCGACACAGCAGUGGAAGUUCCCCCAUGACUAAUUUUGAGUCUCUAAAAGACAAUGGAGUGACUGCCACCCCUAAAACACCACCAGCCUCUUCCCUGUUCUCUAAAUCUCCGGUCUCUUCAAAUCUUCCCUCUGUCGACAGCUUGUUGGAUUUGUUUGGUGCAUGGUUAUUCGAGGCAGCUUUUGCUAAGACUGAUAUGAAGUCAAGUUACACUGCAUUGGCAGAGGUGUAUGAGAGCUUCUGCAUCACUGCUAAUACGACAGGGGACUCCAUGACAAGGCGAAUGAGUACUGGAAGCACAAGCAGCCUUUCCAAGCGUGAGAUAAUGGACGAAGAAAGCUUUGAGCCUGGUAGGGCAGAAGCGUAUGGUGCCUUGUGCCGUAUCUUUUGCAGUCAGCCUUCUGGCCAGGAAAUAAGACCAGUAUAUCUGUCGAGGUUUUACCUGUCUAUUGCCACUGGACUGCUAUAUAAUGAGAAUUGCACAGGUCAUGUGCUCUGUAGCAUCCUACUAAACUCGCCAGACUUGCUUCGAGUGAAUCUUCAAGGUGUCCAGAUCCUUCUUCCACACCUGCUGUCAGCCCUGGAAAUAGUGCUUCCCAAGCGACAGAUUCAGCUAAGGUGUACUGUUUCCACGACAGAGCUAAGACGUUCUGCCAUUCACCUGCUGCUCUCCAUGUUGUGUUUACCCCUGCAUUUCCAGUCUCUGCCAAUCCAGGAUAUGACAGGUUAUUACCAGAACAAGACAUGUGAGGAAGGAUCCACCAUUCCUUCCCCAUUGACCUUUUUGUCACUUAAGCCGCGCAUGACACGCCUUCUUCUGGAAGCCCUGCAGUUUGAAUCAGAUUCCUUUAAUGUGCAAAUCCUUCUUGGAGGAAUACUGCUACUGAUACAAGACUGUGAGACGGCAGACUCUCUCGGGAUAUCCCACCCUUGCCAUGGAGGAUCAGUAGGAAGCAGCAGUACUGAGACAGACUUGGUGGAUGCUGCCACUAAGGGAAGGGUGCGCUGUAGCACUGGAGGAAGCAGUCUGAUUUCAGAGGGAAGCUUCUCACAAUUGGAGGCAGAAACAGAAGCUAAGCUCACUUUUGCAAAGGUGUCAACCCAGUCAUAUGACCCCUCGACUGUGUGCGGGCUGUUUGUGCAGCUCACCCACAUCCUUUGUAACAAACUUGUCGUCACACGUAGCAGUAAGUGGAAGCCGGAUGUCCAUGUCACCUUGGCUGCCUUUGAGGUGUUGUCUGGGCUGGCACAACUAAGCACCCAGCAUCUGGAUAAAACCGAAUGUAAAAGCACCAUUCACUGGUUGUGUGAUUAUGUGACAUAUCAAGCCAACAAGCCAGCCACGCACCACUCACGUGACCUACACUCCAUGAUAGUGGCCGCCUUUCAUUGCAUCAAGACAUGGAUCAUGUCUCACGCAUGGCUAAUGGAUGCAGAGGACUGUUUACAAGCGGUGAUGGAGGUUGUAGAGCUUGGAAUAUCUGGGAGCAAGUCCAAGGGCCCUCAAGCGGAUCCCGGAUCUGAUAAUGAGGAACCAAUGCUGAAAGGCGACAAGGAGCUGAAGCCGGUGUCAUUCCGUGUACGAGCAGCAGCUGAAGGGCUUCUGACCUGCAUCAUGGAACACGUGGGAGCGUUCCCCCCACCCUGUGGUCCGGUUGCUCUGUCGUCGUUACUUGACGAGGAAGCUCUGCUUGCAUAUUCACGUGCAAACAAAGGACUUGUGCACAGCGAGCGCCGCUUUCGUUACUUCGUCUUGCGAGAUAACCAGCUCAUUUUAGGGCUUCUAGAAGAUUCCCUCGAACCCAAAGAUGUUCUUCCCACAGUCUCUGCGAUCGUGCGGUCUCCGUCAGGUCGUCACGUGUGGACCAUGCAACUCAGACACUUCUCUCGUAACAAACAUGAUCUCGUAGCUGCACACCUUGAAAAUCCAGGCAGACCCUCGCCCCUUGCCCACCCACCACAGGCUCGCAUGAACACCAAGCACCGAAACUUCCCGGUAUCCGCCGAGGCUGUGCCACUUGCACAAGCUGAUCGCAGUAUUCCAGAGCUUGAUAACAUCUUGGACGAGAAACUGUGUGAAGUUCAGGACCACAUGCGCACGCUGAUGCAAAAACAGGCCGAGCAUGAGAGUGUUGUCCAGGCCAAGGCAGAGAAAGAGAUGUCCGAGCUGAAGUACCCAAGCGCAGACACCGAGAGCAAGCCCCCAAGACCUGUUGAAAACUUCUACGCCUCUCGCCUGCUGCUGUCACACCUUGGUUUACUUACACUAGAUGCUCUGGAGGGUAACCCGAACAACUCAUUCGACGACGCGUCACUCGUAGCACUCGACUCGUCACGAGCUGGGUUCCAGGCCGCUCUUCGUGAUCUAGACAGGCUUCCAACGCGAGUCCAGGAUACUGUCUUUGUGUUUUACGUCAAGGCUGAUCAGAACGAGGCUGAUGCUAUUCUCGAAAACGAGCUCAACACCUGUAAACACGGCAAAGUAUUUGUCGAGUUCCUACUCUCACUUGGGUGGCCUGUAGAUAUCGAGACGCACCCUGGGUGGACUGGGAACGUAGAGAGAGCCUGGGUACGAACCUCGACGCGCGAAAGAAGCCAUUUGGUGGGGAGGGGUGGUGCAGGUCUUGGCGCUAGCAGCAUGUCAACGAUCACAAGCAGCACUUCCACCAUGGGACACGACGAGUACACUCCGAGCUCCGACGACGAGGGCAUAUUCGUCCGAGACCGUUUAAUGGCACGAAUAAGCUCCGAAGAUGACGUGACUGCAACUCGAGCCGCGUCUAUUACAGCCGUAAGUCACCCAGAACUCGCGCGACCACAGUCCCUGGACGAAAACGUCGCGAUCGUGGAGCCGGAAAGCGUCGACAAGGAGGUGAAUCAGAUUCUCUAUUACGCAGACAUUCGCAGCGAGGUCGCCUUCGUCGCGCCUGCACUGCUACCGCAGUAUCAGCGGUUUCGUAGAAUGAUUGUUAAGGCGGAGACAUCCGAGGAGGAGACGGAGGAAGCCGAUGAGCCCCCGACUGGUCAUCGGCGUGCGCGCUCGGGCAGUAUGGGGAGCUUGGAGAUUAAGAGUAGCAGUACUAGUAGUAUGGAGCUAAGACAACCUCUGGCUCGUCAGUCGUCCGACGGAUUCGCCGCGUUUGAGGGUCGGACUGGGCGAUUUUCGGACAUAAGCGAAAGCAAACCCACCAAGGUAAGCCCGCACAAUACUUCAGCGGAAGUAAACGUCAUUGUCACGUGGCUGGAGCAGUUCAGCGACCACGCCUGCUUGCCUGUGGACGACCUGUUGAUGGAGAUGGACUUUGGAACCUCGUCAACAGGCCUGGUAGAAAAGGACACUGUAGUCAUCUUUCUUAAUUCGCUCAAGAGCGGUCUUUACCGCGUCCACAUCCGCUCUACCAUUAGGUCUCCCGUGGGGGGUCCCCUCGUGGACGGUAUGGUCGUAAGUCGUCGUGCUUUGGGGAGUAUGGUUCGUCAGACGGCAAUCAACAUCUUUCACCGCAGACGACUAGAAAUUGACACAUACUCCCCUCCCAAAGUCUGUCGUAAAUUGAAGAUACAAGACAUUGUCAAGAAAUACCGCCGCGAGAUGUCUAUACCAGAGUUUUACGUGUCUUUGUUUAACCAAGGAGACUAAAACGAAAUGUGGGCGUCUUAGCCAGUUUAAUUUAUAUACGACAUGAUACAAAAACGAUGCAAUUGUAGGCCUGACAAACGCCUGCAAUAUUAAUAAAGCCAGCAGACAACAGCAUUUUGUCAUCCCUUGUCAUCCCUUGAAAGACAGUUACAAGAACGAUAGGUGGUUCACCAUUUGCAAAACGAGUGGGAGAAUGGGUCUAGGGCGGUGGAUUGUGGGAUCGUUUGGCUGGACGAAGCAGACA